GGGCUUUGUUCUCGCGACACAACGGGGACUGUGGUUUAUCCUUUGUUCCUCACUUUGAAUGAGUCUCUGUCUGUGAGCUCGCAAGGUUUAGGCUUCGUUGGGGUCAUGGGCCUGAAAAGAAAAGCCUCCGACGGCUUCGCAACGCCGAAAAAGGUCCUGAAGCAAACGCCGCUGGAUGGUACCGAUCCGAUCUACCAAGAGGCACACUCUGACGAUGAUUAUGCGUCAUCCAAUGAGAGCGUUGUCACAGGCGACAGCCUACACGAUACCCCGGCAACUCCGUUUUCAACAACCUCAACCAAGUACCCAUCCGAGCUGAAAACCCACCUCUGCCCCUUCGACGGUUGCACAAAGGCCUUCAAUCGACCGGCCCGACUCCAGGAGCAUCUGCGCUCGCACAACAACGAGCGCUUAUUCAGCUGCACCCACGAAGAUUGCGACAAGACCUUUCUGCGAGCCUCCCAUCUGAACCACCAUGUCAAGAGCGCCCAUACCGGAGUUCGAGAUUAUGUAUGCGAUCGCCCGGGCUGCGGGAAGAGCUUUGUGACUGGCUCCCGUCUUCGUCGGCAUCUGGCAGCGCACGAUGGACGGGACAAAUAUCGCUGUACUGAGCACCCGCCGUGCAGUGAAACCUUUCGGAAACACUCGACGCUCCAAAAGCAUAUCAUGACGUGCCACUUGAAGCAAAAGCCUUUUCGAUGCCAGAAUGUCGAUGCGACUACAGGCCUGGAUUGUCCUAUGGCCUUCGACACUGCAGGUCAUCUGCGCGCCCACGAGAGUCGAGUCCACACCGAAAAGCGAUUCACCUGUGCCGAGUGCUCUCAGCAUGAGCGUGUUGAAACGGAUCCAACGUCCGCCUCGUCGAGCGAUAACAACCCAGAAGCCGGACCCUCGACGGUGUCGUUUCCCACAUAUGCCUUACUACAGGCGCACAUCAAAUCCGUACAUCCGCCCCAGUGUCCCAAUUGCUCCAUCACCUGCUCCACGUCCCGUGAAUUGCGUCGCCAUCUGGAAGUCGCCCACGGUGACGUGACUCUCGAAGACCGCAAGCUCUUCCCUUGCUCCUUCCCGGGCUGCGAUCGCAGUUUCACCAAGAAGGGGAACCUGACGGUGCACAUCCGAACGGUCCACGAAGGCGAGAAGCGGUUCGUCUGCGGCGAGACCGACCUCUCAGCUUCCAAGAAGGUUCUCGGCUGGACCGGCGAGGACGGCUGCGGCAAACGCUACGGCAGUAAACUCGCCCUCGAAGAGCACAUCCGCACCGCGCACCUGGGCUUCCAGAACGCCAAAGCCGAGCGCCGACAACGUCUCAGCCACGGCAGCAAGGGCCAACAACACCACACUGCCACGCAGCCCGGCCUGUCAACCCUCGCCGCUCUCACAGGCGAAGGCUACGCUGAAGAAUCCGGCCGCCACAUCACCUGCCUCGUCGACUCUUGUCCCCAUCGCUUCCUACGUAACUACGAUCUGUGGGUCCACAUGGGCAGCAAGCACAACUACUCGGAGGACCAAAUCCGAGACUUGUUCAUGCAGCGCGCGCUCCUGACAGACAGCAACACCACCGCCACCAACCAAAACGACCCGCUUUUUCUUCUCUCCGACAACAUGCCCGGAAUCUACGGCCUCGAGUUCGAUACCGACGACCCUUCCUUCUCCUCUUAUGACCCUUAUACCCUGGACGCGACCCCCGCUCCGUCCCUGCCUGCCACCGAUCCCUACGUGGCUCUGCCAAACCCAGCCGACCUCCAUGUCAAAUCGGAGUUCAGAUCUGAUAUAAUGAUCCAAGAUUCCUCUUCCAAGAUACCCGAUACCGAUGACAUGGCGAUGAUCGAUCCUUUGUUGGCGUAUAAUAUGAUGGACAGUACAUAGAGCCUGUUGGCAAUUUACUUAGUGCCUUCCCCCCAAUUUUUUCGAAUUUUGCGAAUGUGAUGAUAAUGAACAAUUUCGG